CCUGGCACCCCUCCUCUGGUUUGUCUCCCAGCCUGUACUCAGCCCCCCUGUCUUGGCGUCUACCUUUCAGACUCAAGACCACCCCCCAAGAAUCCUCAUCUAUCUGAUUAACUAUUAAUUGGCCCUUCUGUGUGUCUAUGCCUUCUGGCUACCCCAUACAACCUUCCUAGUGCCUUGCCUCAGUUUCCCCUUACGUCUCAGGGAUUUCUCAGCUAACCAACAAGGUGUCGUCUUCUGGGGUUGAGGUGGGGCUGCUGCUGUUGCCAUCUCUAAGGAUGUAGAGCUAGCCAGGUUGCUUCUGCUGUCUUACUGUGUGAUCCUGGGCAGGUAACUUCAUGCCUCUGGACUUCAGUCCACCUUUCCCCGCAGUCAAGUAGGGAUGAACAGUAAUAUUCCCUCCGUGAGGUGGAUGGGAUCAUGGAACACACAGGGAACAGCUUGGGCCUUGGGGCGUGCGAUACGUGUUGUAACCCAGAGGUGUUCUGAAUGAGGUCAGUCACUGUGGGAACCCAAGACCCAAGGACCCGAGACCCCUGCAAUUCCGGGCAUAUUCCUUCUUUUCUCUUGGCUCUGUGGGCAAAAGAUCAGAAGAGGGACUUUGGACUUGACCUGUACGGAUAGAGGAGAGAGACAGAAAAGCCACCCCAGGGGUGACUGAGACAGCCGCUCACCCUGGAGGCCAGCCUUCUUCCCUACCUUUCCUUUACUUAGGGACCAAAUGGCAAAGCGGUGGCAGUCCCCACCCCACCCCCUGCCGCCCUCACCCUUGACUGACAGCUCAGAGCUGGGCUAGCUGAGGUCAGUCCUAGGCACUUUCUAGCUGUGUGACCUUGGACUUGCCCUACCCUCUCUGGUCAUCUGUGUCCUUCAGUAAAUGGAUCACUGUGUGGUAUGAGGGGGACUUCGAUGGGAAGCAGUGAAGGCGUGGGCCCAGUGAUAAGCACGGAUCAUGGCCUGCUUCCUCCCUCCUUGCUUCUUGUUCACUCCUUAUGGACUCCUAGAGUGUCAGUCUCUGUUCAUAUAACAACUCAGACUCCAGAGAUGAGCUGUGAUCCUCUGGGAACCGGAAUCCCCUUACCUUGUGCUAAGUGAUCAGGUGGUGGGCAGAGCCUGGGCCCCUUUGGGACCAUUUUUAUCCCGCUGGAGAUGACUGAAGAGAGGCAUCAGGGCUGGGGUCUAUGAGGCAGAGGAAGGAGGGAAAGCAUGUUCCCUGCAUCCCCACAUGGCUCUCUGUGCUGUGUGAGGGCAGCCCUGAGAAAAGUGACAGGUUGCAGAUGACAGCUCCAUCCUCAUCAACUGUGGCACGGGGUGAAGGGAUUCAAAGGACGGAGGAGUGGGUGGUGUGUGGUCCCAGGAGCCUCUGCAGCAGCAGCUGCCGUUGUUUGUGAGAUCCUGAUGGCCCUGGAAGUGUAUGCUGCUCUGGACUCCUAGUAUUGCUGCUGGGGCCCUGGAGCUUGAAGGAGUCAACAGGGAGCAAGGAGGGAGGAAGGAGGCCAUGCCAGGCAGGGGAAGAUGGGGUAGGGUGCUCAGGGUUUGCUGGAGAUGGUGCCUGUGGCUGACCAACCUCAGAAGCAUCCUUGGCAGAGUGGGGCCUCUCCCCAAAGUACCAUUUACUGGAGGUUGCUCUAAACCUUGUUCUUUUUCUUUUUAACUCCUGAAAUAAUGGGGAUCAAAGUCAUGCCCUUAUACAUGCUAGGCAGGGGCUGUACCACUGAGCCACGCCCCCAGCCCCUCACUGGGGGAUUCUAAGCAGGGGCUCUACCACUAAGCCAAGUCCUUAGUCUUCUUUUCCUUUUGUUUUGACACUUAGUCUCACUAUGAAGCCCAGGCUGGCCUCAAACUUAAUAACCCUUCUGCCUCGGCCUCCUGAAAACCUGUAAUGACAGGCUUCUAAUCAGCACCCUGUGAGUUAGUGGUUACAGACACUCUGUGGAAGUUGUUUUAGGUGUUUGAUAAUGACCAGUGUAUAUCUGAGAAUUUGAAGAGACCUAUCUGGUCUCUAAAAGUCAUGUUUAUUCUGAUGGGGGGCUAGAAAUACUUGGGCACCAAAUGGUCCGGGCACCAAGGAGGCCUAGGAGAAUGUUCUGCAUAAAGAAGGGACAGUUUGGGUUCACACUUACAUUUCCCAGGUUUCUGUAUAAGAGGGACCACCAGGGAGAUGAGCCAAUCUGGUAUUAAGUACACAUGAUGCAUGGCGGGGCUUGCAUGGCAGGGCUUGGAGCUGGCAAGUUGGAGCCGGAAGUGAUCAGCAGUUAAAGGAGGUUCUGGGUUGAAGGCUUCUGAGACACCUGCCUCUGUGUGGAGGGAAGGGUGGAAGUCCUAGGAUGAGUCCUAGUUCUGAGGGCAGGGCAAGAGAACCUAGGGAUAAGGGAGAUGAAGCAGGACUGCUGUGGGGAGGAGAGAAGGAGAGACAGGCUUGGGACAGCAAGAGAUGCAGUGGAUGCAAAAAUGGAAGUGUGUAGAGGCUGCGGGAACCCCAGGGUCCAUGUGGGGCUCAGUGCUAGGUGUCAGGAGUGCCCUGUUCUCAUGCUACUGAGCUAUUUUCCCCUUUUAAACCACUAUCAGGAACUGCCCUGGCAAGAUCCUGAGCCACUCCCUGCUCUCUUCCUAAUGCUGGUUUGGUACUGUUGACCAUGCUAUCCGGGACAUGGGUGGGAGCGUUGGGGCACUUGCAGCCUUGGGGUACUUUGCAGAAGGCUGGGGUCAGUAGAAGGCCUUCUUAGCAGUUGUAUUCAGAUGCUAGGGUCUCUGGUACACCAAGGUGACUGUCCUCUCCUCUCUAAGCUUCUCCUGCCAUGCCUCCCAUGGCCUCCCCCAGGUCAUGGCACUCCCACUGUUUGGUCUUGUAGCCCUCUAACGGAACACGCUCUGUCUUGCCUGCUAGUCUUAGCCUGUGCAGUUCCUCUAACCUGCCACUCUGUCCCUUGUCAUCUCUUGCAGGUCUUAGAUAAUCUCUCCUGGGGACUUUCCCCCUUUCCUUCAGAAGCCCCACUUGAUGCCCAACCCUACAUUGCUUAACAGAUAGAUGGCACAGAGGUUUAUCAUCCAGAUACACUGAGGCCCAGAGAGGCAGUGACAGUUGCCCAUAAUCACACAGCAAGAACAACUUAUCAGUGUCUCUUGAGGACCUGCUGCAUGCCAGGCACAGUGGCACAGCAAGAGGCUGUUUGGUUUCUUGGGGAACUACUUUGGAACCUGGAUCUCAGGGUGUCCCGGGUUCAGGACGUGGCUGCAGAGAUCUCUCAGAGUCGUGAGAGAAGGGAACCUUGAUGUGGAUUGGAAAUAGGGACUAAACGCUGGAUACACAUGGCAGAUGAGGAACCUGGGGCUCACAGAGGAGGUUCCACUUGUCCAAGACCCCAGCCUGGAAAGGCAGGGGACUGGCCCAGUGCCCACCACUUGCUGUGCUGAGGACCAAGCUGGCAGUGGCCCCAGCUUGCUGUCUGUUGCAGGUGGCCGGACUGCACCAUGCUGUUCCAGACCCAAGGUGGCAGCUCUCACUGUGGGGACCCUGCUGUUCCUGACAGGCAUUGGGGCUGCGUCCUGGGCCAUUGUGACCAUCCUACUACGGAGUGACCAGGAGCCACUGUACCAAGUGCAGCUCAGUCCCGGGGACUCUCGACUUUUGGUGUUGGACAAGACAGAGGGAACGUGGAGGCUGCUGUGCUCCUCACGCUCCAACGCCAGGGUAGCAGGGCUCGGCUGUGAGGAGAUGGGCUUUCUCAGGGCUCUGGCGCACUCAGAGCUGGAUGUGCGAACCGCGGGCGCCAACGGCACAUCGGGCUUCUUCUGCGUGGACGAGGGCGGUCUGCCUCUGGCUCAGCGGUUGCUGGAUGUCAUCUCUGUAUGCGACUGUCCUAGAGGCCGAUUCCUGACUGCCACCUGCCAAGACUGUGGCCGCAGGAAGCUGCCGGUGGAUCGCAUUGUGGGGGGCCAGGACAGCAGCCUGGGAAGAUGGCCAUGGCAGGUCAGCCUGCGUUAUGAUGGGACCCACCUCUGUGGGGGAUCCCUGCUGUCCGGGGACUGGGUACUGACCGCUGCACACUGCUUUCCAGAGAGGAACCGGGUCCUGUCUCGGUGGCGAGUAUUUGCUGGUGCUGUAGCCCGGACCUCACCUCAUGCCGUGCAGCUGGGGGUUCAGGCUGUGAUCUAUCAUGGGGGCUACCUUCCCUUUCGAGACCCUACUAUCGACGAAAACAGCAAUGACAUUGCCCUGGUCCACCUCUCUAGCUCCCUGCCUCUCACAGAAUACAUCCAGCCGGUGUGUCUCCCUGCUGCGGGACAGGCCCUGGUGGACGGCAAGGUCUGUACAGUGACCGGCUGGGGUAACACACAGUUCUAUGGCCAGCAAGCUGUGGUGCUCCAAGAGGCCCGGGUCCCCAUCAUAAGCAACGAAGUUUGCAACAGCCCCGACUUCUACGGGAAUCAGAUCAAACCCAAGAUGUUCUGUGCUGGCUAUCCUGAGGGUGGUAUUGAUGCAUGCCAGGGUGACAGCGGAGGCCCCUUUGUAUGUGAGGACAGAAUCUCUGGAACAUCAAGAUGGCGGCUCUGCGGCAUUGUAAGCUGGGGUACGGGCUGUGCUUUGGCCCGGAAGCCGGGAGUGUACACCAAAGUCAUUGACUUCCGGGAGUGGAUCUUCCAGGCCAUAAAGCCUGUGGCUCUUUCCAUAGACUCACUCCGAAGCUACCGGCAUGGUAACUCAGCCCUGACCCCGCCUCAUCGCCUGCUCCGCGCUGCUCCAGCAUCCAGAGUCAGAGUUGGUCUGGUGGCUCCAGCCGCACGUGGCAGGCUCCACACUGGGCCUCACAUGGAACGGUUUUCUGCUCGGAUCCAGUCCAUAGAUCCAAGGAUGCUGGGUCCAAGGACCUCUCUUCCACAGUGGCCGGCCCACUCAAUCCCAGGGCCAUUGGCCUCACCCUCCCACCCCAUGUAAAUAUUACUCUGUCCUCUGGGGGCUGCUUUCGAGGCGCCCCUUGUGCGGAUGCUCUUUAAAUAAUAAAGGUGGUUUUGAUUAA